UCUUGCUACCUCCUGUGUCGUUCAAUAUGUUCAGUUGGGAAGACAGCACAAACACAGCUGGGACUCCUCCCAUUCUGCAUGCUUUAAAAGGCAAGGGAAGAGUAACACUGGGGACUCCGCCCACUCUGCAUGCUUUAAAAGGCAAGGGAAGAGUAACACUGGGGACUCCGCCCACUCUGCAUGCUUUAAAAGGGAGGAGUAACUCCGCCCACUCUGCAUGCUUUAAAAGGCAAGGGAAGAGUAACACCGCCCACUCUGCAUGCUUUAAAAGGCAAGGGAAGAGUAACUCCGCCCACUCUGCAUGCUUUAAAAGGCAAGGGAGGAGUAACUCCGCCCACUCUACACGCUUUAAAAGGCAAGGGAGGAGUAACUCCGCCCACUGUGCAUGCUUUAAAAGGCAAGGGAAGAGUAACACCGCCCACUCUGCAUGCUUUAAAAGGCAAGGGAGGAAUAACUCCGCCCACUCUGCAUGCUUUAAAAGGCAAGGGAGGAGUAACUCCGCCCACUCUGCAUGCUUUAAAAGGCAAGGGAAGAGUAACUCCGCCCACUCUGCAUGCUUUAAAAGGCAAGGGAAGAGUAACUCCGCCCACUCUGCAUGCUUUAAAAGGCAAGGGAAGAGUAACACUGGGGACUCCUCCCACUCUGCAUGCUUUAAAAGGCAAGGGAAGAGUAACACUGGGGACUCCUCCCACUCUGCAUGCUUUAAAAGGCAAGGGAAGAGUAACACUGGGGACUCCUCCCACUCUGCAUGCUUUAAAAGGCAAGGGAAGAGUAACACUGGGGACUCCUCCCACUCUGCAUGCUUUAAAAGGCAAGGGAAGAAUAACACUGGGGACUCCUCCCACUCUGCAUGCUUUAAAAGGCAAGGGAAGAGUAACACUGGGGACUCCUCCCACUCUGCAUGCUUUAAAAGGCAAGGGAAGAGUAACACUGGGGACUCCUCCCACUCUGCAUGCUUUAAAAGGCAAGGGAAGAGUAACACUGGGGACUCCGCCCACUCUGCAUGCUUUAAAAGGCAAGGGAAGAGUAACUCCGCCCACUCUGCAUGCUUUAAAAGGCAAGGGAAGAGUAACACUAGUGAAAAUGAACAAAAAGGGAUUCUGUUACUCAUCAAACUUCUCUUCGUCACACAAUGUUUUACCUGUCAAUGAAAAUGCAUUUAGGGCACUUGAUUCGUAGCCUGGUUCUGACCUGAAUUCUGUUCAUGGAAGUGAUCGUGAAACUGGAAUAUUCUAGUUGAAUCAUAACAGGCUACUUGUUAUUGAGGAAGGUUGUGACAAUUGAAGCACAAAUCAUGAGGUACUCCCACUAUAUCACUGCCUGUGCUUAGUGCACACGGACAUGACCAGUUAUUGAAUUGUUUACACAAACCAUUGGUUAAAGAAGCCUAAAACCUGUUGCAAUUCCCUGUCUACCAUACAGACUGCUCCUUUACCAAUGACCAGAAUGGGGUCCUGUGACGACAUUUAAUGUUCAGCUUGUACUGUAUUUGCUCUUUAACUGUGGUGACAUCCCAAAUGGCACCCUAUUCCCUACAUAGUGCACUACUUUUGGCCAGAGCCUAUGAAGAAGUGCACUAUAUAGGGAAUAGGGCACCAUGUCUUGCUCCUGUGUACAUUAUGAACCAUUUCAAAGUAUUGCAUUUUAUUUUACACAGACAACUGUCACUACUUCAGUUCUCUCAAAUACUGUUAAUCAUUAAAACAAUACAUGUCUA